UAUGCGAGCCGAGACGCAUGCGCUACCGCUCCUCCUUUCUAUCGCCUCAAAGUCCGUUUGGUUACCUUCCUCUUGUCGCUGUGCGUUUGCGCCUUCUCUCUCCCUCUGUAUUCACCGCCCACCCCACCCCCUCAGUUCCCCGAGAGUCUCGGCUCUUUUCUUCCACCAUCCUGCCCUCCAAGGGGUAAGAGACUUGGGGAGCGUGUCGUUCCCUUCCUCUCCUUUCUCUUCUGCUGGCCCCAAACUCAGAAGCGAGAGCUACCUGCCGCACCAGCCACCACAUUUUUGAGCUAUAAUUUGUGGGCCCUAGGACUGAGAAAUUCAAAAUCACAAAAGAAUGGACAGUGAGGUACAGAGGGAUGGAAGAAUUCUGGAUUUGAUUGAUGAUGCUUGGAGAGAAGAUAAGUUGCCCUAUGAAGAUGUUGCAAUACCACUGAAUGAACUUCCUGAACCAGAACAAGACAAUGGUGGCACAACAGAAUCUGUCAAAGAACAAGAGAUGAAGUGGACAGACUUAGCUUUACAGUAUCUACAUGAGAACAUUCCCCCAGCAGGAAACUAAUUAACUUCUUAUCUUUCAUGGGCAGAUUAUUGUGUGUCCAGAAUGGUUUGUCGUAGGUUUCGAACUUAUAUCGUUAAGCUAUGAGCAUCUUUGAACAAUAGAUAAUUGUUAACAAAGUAGAAUCCAAAAACAUUUGUUCGUGAAGAUAACUAAUUUAAAUUGCUUAAUAUUAGAGAAUUUUAACAAAUAUUUAGCUCCAUGGGCCUAAAUAUCUUCAUUAGUUUGUGUUGAACUUAAAUAUUCAUCUAUAACUUUGGUUUUGAUCUUUUUGUGACAAUUUAAUUGACCUUUAUAUUUUCUUUAAUAGUAGAAAGAGUAAAAUGAGAAAGUUGAGGAAACUAGUAACUGGAAGAAUGAUGUUGAAUUGCUGUACUUUGCCUUGCUUCUCUGCUCAAUGCCAUACCAAGGGUAAGACAAAGAAUUCUUUUGGCCUGAGAUGUGAAAAGCUGAUGUGUCUGUUAUGCAAACCUACCAAGACAUUAGGAAAAGAGAGCUCAAUUUUAUAGUUUUACCUCAAGUGUGAAAUUAGCUAGGUUGGGUGCUGCCUCUACUUUAGUCAUGUAUUUUGAGUUAGUGUAUUUAGAAUAUUGAUGCCAUUAAUAUGGCGAUAACUUAUUCACAGAUGGAUGGAAUUUUUUUUUGCUUUCUUCCAUUAAAUUUAAGAUUUGUAUAUAAAAUUGUUCUUUUGUGUAGCUUUCAAAUGAAAAUACAUUGUGUAAUUUUACAAGCUAAAAAUAUUAAUAGGUUAAACUCAUUGAUUAUUCACAGGAAUGAAGGGAACUCAGAGGUCAUUUAGUCUAAUCUCAUUUUACAGUCAGACAAGUAAUAAGUGGCAGAGCUAGGAUUCUAACUCAGGUCCCAUGAUUGGCAGAGUUCAGUUAUCUCUCCACUGCAACAUGCAGCCUCCCUAAUCCAUAACAAAUAAUAAAAGAAAAUUAAGGACUUUCAGAGGACAUCCUAACCUUUUGAGGUCAUAGAAAGCAAUUUUCAUAUUCUCCCACAAAACACUUGAGAAUACUGAGCUAGAGAGACCCUCUCAUCAGGUACCAGAGGUUCACUGAUGCAACCAAAAGAGUACAGCUCCACAUUAGAGGAGACUUAACUGUAGGGAGCCCUUAGGAAGCAGAUUACAUCAGAUGAGUAAUUACUAAUGCUUCUGACAGUGGGCCUCCUGGUUCCUAUAGGGACCUCUUCAUAAUGAAAUCCUCACUCUGGCUCCUGGCUUCUUUUCUUACCUCAGGCCCUGUGAUUUGGUGUGCCUGAGUAGCUCUGAUUCCUAGCUUGGUGUUCAUUUUACAUUUUGCCUUUGGUCUCCACUCAUUCUUCCCCAGAAAGGCUCUUCUUCUCAGCCCUCUUAAUUAUCCUGUCCCUGGUUCAUGAUGAUAGUCUUUACCUGGCAGAGCUAUGCAUGCACACAGCCCAUUAUAUUAUCUAGUAAUGCUAUUUUUAAUGUUGCUAUUAGUGUACUUUGAAAUAUAACAGGAAAAAGGGGGGAGGCCGGUCAAAGUUCUGUCACCAUUCCAUUUCUAUAAAUCCUUCCCUAGGUAUUUCAGCCCUCAUUGAUUUAACUUCUAACUACCUCAAUCAUAGCCUAUAAUAAACAAUAUAGCAGUUAAUUAUGAAUCAGCUUAUGUUGCUUGCUAUCAUUUAAGGCAUGAUAGGUUCUUCCUAAAUUGACUGUUAGUUCCUUGAGCAUAGUAUAGUAUAAGACCCUAUAUUAGUUAGUAUAAGACCAUAUAUUAGUAUUUCUGUAUCCUCUGCAUAUAUAUUAGUGAAUAAAUACAUGGACUAAUUAUUACUGUACAACCUCGAUUAGCUAAAAUAUUCCCCCACAAAUUUUUUAACCACGUUUGACUCUUAGAAAAAAAUAUGCCAAGGAUUUGUUUUUUAAAAUGUCUUCUGGGGUGCAGCUAGAUGACACAGUGGAUAAAGCACUGGCCCUGGAUUCAGGAGGACCUGAGUUCAAAUCCAGCCUCAAACACUUGACACUUACUAGCUGUGUGACCCUGGGCAAGUCACUUAACUCUCAUUGUGCCACCACCCCCACCCCCCCAAAAAAAGGUCUUCCAGGGUAUGUUCUAGCAUCAGAAUACAACUCAACCUUUAUACAAUAUAGCCCUGUACAAUGACCGUUGAUCUUCAGAAAUUUGAACCUAAGGCAGUAUAGCAUCAUAAAUCAUCAAAGAUGCUGUUCUUACUAAGGCUCAGAAGUGGACAAGUAUAUUUUAUAAAGCUUUAAAAUAUAUUUUUUUAAAGCAUCCUUUUUUGUACAUUGUAGACAAUGUUGGAUUCCACUUCAGGUUAACCAAAAUUAAAUUAAUGGUGUACACCAAACUCUAAGUAUUCUGGUUUAGACUUUUAAUGCAUCUUAUAUGUUUGCUAAUUUCUAAGGACAAAAGCACAAACAUCAAAUGUAGAGAUGGAAGUCUUAGGAUUUUAUUCAGAUUGAUUAAUGUUUUGUCUAAUAUUGUGCUAGACUGAUUAUAUUAUGAUCAGACUACAUCUGAAGUAUUGAGUUUGUAGCACUGUAUUUUGGAAAGGAUAAGAGGGCAGAAUGAGGGCCGGUAGGUUAAAGUUAUAAAAAGAUAAAUUUCAGCUCAAUAUGAAGAAAACCUUCCUGGCAAUUGGAAUUGUCCAAAGUGGUUUGGGCCACCCCUGGAAAUAAUGAGUUACCGAUCCUUUUGGUUCAUUAGUACUCAUCCACAGCAAAUGGGUGCAGGAUAAUCACUUGCUAGGGAUAUUGUAGAAAGAAUUUGUGAGCUGGACUAGACAGUCUGAGGUAAUUUUCAUUUCUAGGAUUCUGUGUUUACGACCUGAUGUGGUAGAUAAAUCAUAGGAUUUGGUCCUGAGUUUGAAUCCCAGAUCUUUUCCUACUUUUGUAUACUUCAGCAAGUCACUUUCCUCCUUUAGGCCUCUGUUUCCCUGUCUUUGAAAUAAAGAGGAUGAGCUAGAUGAUCCUAAGGUCCUUUGUACCUCUAAAUCCCAUCAUCCUAAUGUUUGAUCACAGUAUUAACUCAAGUUGGCUCUAGUUCCCGUUUGUAGUAUAUUAAUUUGAGACUCUUAUUCAGUUGUUAUCAUGAACAUCAUUUUCUGUGGGCCAUGGAACACAAUAGGAAGAGGACUUUUAAACCUACUUCUAAAACUUGGAAUAAGAGACUGGAAGAAAAAUGAUAUAAGGUUGCAAGGAAUCUUUGGGAUCUCUACUCAAAAUCAGAAGAAACAGAAAUGAAGCAGAACUACCAGAGUGAUCACAUUUUAGAUUGCAAUAGAAGUUGUAGAAAAGGUAAGAAAUGAAGAAAUUUUGAAUGCAUUUAUGGAUCACAAGGUAAUAAAAUUAGUAAUCAGCGAAAAUAUGGGUUAGGUUUUUAAAAAAAAAAUGUUGGCUUUUGUGGAGAUUAAAAGAAUAACUUAUUUAGUAAUGCCCAAGUUAAAAAACAAGUUCUAAAAAAACCAAUAAAUUUAAAGGUGACUACAGAUGCAGCAUAUCAAAAUAUAUGGGACUUGGCAAAAGCAGGGGCACAUUUAAAACAAUGAGAGCUUGGGAGGGAAAAGAAAAUGUAAAGUUUAAAGUUAAAGAAGUUGGCACAUGAACAAAUUAAUACACCAAAAUCAAUUUUUGAAAUGAAUUUUUAAAAUAAUUCAAUAAGAGAAUAUAAAAACAAUUGAACUGCCAGACUUAGAGUCGGGAAGACCUAGAUUCAUAGUCUUCAGAUUAUUAGUUGAAUGACCCUGGGCCAGGUAUUUAGUCUCUAUGUGCUUCAGUUUUCUCAUCUGUGAAAUAAGGUAGUUGGACUUUAUGGUCUCUUAAGGGAUGUUCUAAAUGUAUGACCCUAAUUAUUAUAAAGUUAUUUUUGAAAAGGCUGUUAGAAUUGACAAUUAAAUCUACUCCACAGAAGGAGAAAAAUAAAAUCAGAAAUUGGAGGAAAUCACAGUGAAUGCAAAAGAAAUAAACCUAUCAGAAACUGUUACAUAGUUAACAUGUCAACAAAACUGUUAGCAUAAAUGGAUAAAUACUUAUAAAAUAGAAAACAGCCAAGCAGCAUAUAAUAGUGAAUAGAAGGCCGGCCAUGGGAGUCAGGAGUACCUGGGUUGAAGUUCUCCCAGAUGCUGACUAUAUAACACUGAACAAGUCACUCAACCUCCCUACCUCAGGCUACUCUAAGACUAAAUUAAAGAGCAAUUGCUAUGCAUUAGCAGAGGAAGUUUCCUCUCUGGAAAUUUCCCAAACCACUGUUAAGUCAGAGGUCUGGACCUUAAGCCCUACCCCACUAAAAACCCCAAUUGACAAAACAGGAAAUAGGUAAUAAAAAUAAAGCAAUUUCAUAAGAAAGCCCAUUGAGGAGGCACCGAAAAAAGGCACCAAAUGAACGCUUAAAGAUCGAGGAAUCCAUAUCCACAUCUGUCUAACAAAAUAGACUGUAUUAAAACAAAAAAAAUAAUAGAUCAUUUAUAAAUAUGGACACAAAGUAUUAAUCUUUUAAUUUAAACAUGAAUAAACAUUACCUCUUUCCCCCCAAAAUCUUCCAUUUUGAUCAAGUAGGGUUAGUGGAAGGAAUGCAGAAGUGACUUAAAAUUAGGAGAAUGAGUAUUUCCAACUUUACUGCAUAUUAUUUUCCCUUGCACACUGAUCCAUCCAAACUGGCCUGUUUCACACAUGAUCUUCUUACUUCUUCUUUUUUUUUUUUUUUAAAGGGCAAUGGGGUUUAAGUGACUUGCCCAGGGUCACACAGUAAGUGUCUGAAGCUGGGUUUGAACUCAGGUCGUCCUGAAUCCAAGGCUAGUGCCUUAACCACUGCGCCACCUAGCUGCCCCGGAUCCUCUUACUUCUAUACCUUGUCUUUGCCCCUCUUACCUGGAGUGCACUGUCUCCUCGCUUCUGUCACAUAGAAUCCCUCUCUCUGAAGACAGCACAGGCACCACCUUCUAAGUGAAGCCUUUCCUCAUCCCUACCAGCACCACCAAUAGCUAAUGUCCUUCCCAAACUACCUUGCAUUUAAUUACUGUGCUUUUUAUAUUCUGUGUAUGCUUAUAAAUGAAUGUUUCCUCCAAUGAGAAUGUAAGUAAGCUCUUUGAGAGUGCGCAUUGUUUCAGUAUUUGUAUUUGUUUCCCAGUAAAUAACACAGUGCUAAACACUGGUGCUUAGUAGGCAUUUAAUAAAUGGUUGCUUGAAUAAGUAUAAUCCGGUCAGUAACAAAACUAUACAGAUCAUUAUAUCAGUAGAUGUAUAAAAAACCUUUGAUUAAAAGCAACAUCUAUUGAAAUUAAAAAUACUAAAAAGUAUAAUAAUAGAAGUGUUUAUUAAGGAGAGCUUAAUGGGGAAACAUUAGAGAUGUUCCCAAGAAGAAUACUAAGAAUUGUUCACUCUCACCUUUAACGUUUUACAUAAUUUUAGAAAAUCCACCUAUAGCCGAUAACAAAAGGAAUUGAAAGAAAUUGGCACAGGAAAAAAAACCUCAAAACUAUCUUUUAAAAUGCUAUAAUUCUCUUAUUUAGAAAAACCAAGAGACCCAACUGAAUAUUAAUUGUGAUAACAUGGCUCUAGCAUGAUAGUUGGCUAUCAUUCACAAAUCUCAGCAUUUCUAAAUUUCACCAACAGAAACAUAGAGAAAGCACACUUAGAGUAAUGACAAAAUGUAGCAAAUGCCUAGGCAUUAAACCAAUGAAGACACACCAAAACUAUAAAAGUGGUUUUGAAAUCUCAUCAAAGUGGGUAUUCCCUACAUUAUAAAUUGUAACACAUCUGUUGUUUUUCAUAUAUUUCUUGUCUGUGUGCUCCCUUAAAUCUACUGAACAUUGUUCUUCAGUGGAGGAGACCUAGGUUCUGUGGAAGAAAAGCCUUAGAAUUCUUCAUUUCAGAUUUCAAGGCUAUCACAAACAUUGUUUAUUUGUAUUUACAAGCAUUGCUGUUUGGAAGGAACUAAUUGAAAUUCUCAGGCAAGGGCUUCAUACAUUUCAUAGUAUUCAGAAACAAGGACAAAAUUCCACAGUCAAUAUUAAACAAAGAAAAGGGCAAAAGUGAUUGAAACACGGUUUAAAAAUUCACAGAACAGAGGGGAAGCUAGGUGGUGCAGUAGAUAAAGCACCAGCCCUGGAUUCAGGAUGACCUGAGUUCAAAUCUGGCCUCAGACCCUUGACACUUACUA